ACCAAUGUCACAACAGGUGCAACAUUCACCUAUGUCACAACAAGUGCAACAUUCACCGAUGUCACAACAGUUGCAGCAGUCACCAAUGUCACAACAAGUGCAACAUUCACCUAUGUCACAACAAGUGCAACAUUCACCCAUUUCCCAACAAGUGCAACAAUCGCCGAUAUCUCAACAGCUGCAGCAAUCUCCACACACUCCUUUGCAACAACCACAUACUCCAUUACAACAGCCCAAUACCCCAUUACAACAACCUCAUACCCCAUUACAACAACCACUCACACCAUUACAACAACCUUUAACACCCCUGCAACAGCCGUUAACCCCUCAACAACCAGCUACCCGCCAACUGCAGCCAGGCCCUAAUAAGGACUGUAUGAGCUCCAACAUGGUAAAUGUCAUGCCCAGUAGUUGUAGCAUGGAGGGUGUUAACAUGAACCCUGUCAGUAACUCUAGUAUGCAUGCAAUGCAGAGCCCUGCUCACCCCAUGCAAAGCCCUGCUAGUCACUGCAACAACCUGGCUAGCCCUGACAUGGGAAGUGUUCACAGUAUGGGGACCAACCCGGACAUGAGUGUAGUCCAAUGUAACAUGGCCAGCCCUGAGGUUACAGGCGUGAGACAUAAUCCAUGUAAUAAUCUACCAAGCCCCCAUAGCAACGCAUGCAACAGUAUGCCUAGUCCAGCUGAAAUGGGAGUCGUACAAGGUAACACUAUGGGGCAUCCUAAUAUGGGUCCCACCAUGCAGCCAGGAACACUACCACCUAAUACUGGAUAUGGGGAGAUUGAUGUAAAUCAACUCCCUGGUCUGGAGUCACCCACCUCAAUCAGUAGCACAGAAAUGCAGAACAGCACAGGCAGCUCUGUUGAGAACACCCCUACACAGAACUUUACAGACUGUGCCCAGCUACAGGGCUAUUGUGUUAACAAUCAACAGGGAGGCUCAUACAUGGAUGUAGCGCACCAUCAAAAUGCCUCUCAAAACAAUAUGGUGCCAGUUGUAUCAGCAGCUGGUACCUUUACAGGGAUGCUUCUCAGCCCUACACCCCCUCAGGUGCAGCAGCCCCCAAUCCAACAGCAGCAGCAACAACAGCAGCACCAGGGUCAGCAUGGUACAAUGGUCCAUGGUGGCAAUUUCACCAUGCCCCAGGUACCCACCCAAAGGUUGAGUCAUGCCAAUAUUCCAUACACAUCUGGCCACAAUGCAGUAAGGCAGCAAUACCCCGCAAACCCUACCAGCUGUAGCCUGGCCAAACUCCAGCAGCUCACUAAUGGGAUCAACAUGGACCUACUCCCUGAAAAUACAAUGACUCCACCCCCUAAUCUAACCCCUCCCCCUGUAAAUAUGACUCCACCCCCCAUACAAAGAAAUAUGACUCCGCCCAUCCCUAAUCUCCAACCGCAGAUGAACAACUCCCCUGGUGCUUACAAACAACAUAGUCGACGUAGCUCGGUGGCUAUGAUCCAGAAAUCCCCCAAUGUUACAGUCAAUCCGAACAUGUCUUUCAGCCCAAAUGUUACCCUCCAACCUGGUACAAACGUGAUAACAGGCUACAACCUGGGCCCCACGUUGAAUGGAUACAGGCUCCAACAGCCAGCUCUUAUGAACACUGGGGCCUAUGGCUACAUCCAACAGCCCCAAAUUGGACACAUGCAAAUGAUGAACACAUAUCCACAGGCUGCUAACUUCCAACAACAAAUGCAGAUGCAAAUGCAACCCCCACAAAACAUGAACAAUUCAAUGUAUUAUGGAUAUAUCAAUCGAUUUCCAGCUCAGACUAUUAAUAUGAAUGGAGUAAAUAGCAUGAGUCGUCGGUGAUAGUACGCCCUCUGGUGUUGUUACAACACAGUAUUUCAACAACCACAUCGCCUUGUAGAGCUGUGCCAAGUAUUUGGAUCAUCCAUUACUAGAUCAAACAUGUUCAUAUGAAUAUAUCACACCACAUACUUUACAUGUGUACAUCAAUACGCACAGGGGGACUUUCAAGUGAUUAAUGUUCAAUUUAUGAUCUAUGUGAUGGUGCCUUCUGGCCACAUAGACCUGUACAGCAUUGUAAUAAAGUAAAUGUACAUAUAGUAUUCACCAGACUAGUAUAUGUUGUGACUUAUAACUUAUAAGGCAGCCAAAUUGAGAUGUUAGUUUGAGUCCAAACGAGCUUUACGCCGCCGACAUCGCCAAGUUUAAUAAUAGAAUGAGUUUAAUAGUGAGAGAUCAGAAGAUACUCAAUGAAAAAAGGUUGAGAAAGAUGCUGAUGUAAAUACAAGGUGUAUGAAUGCUACCUGGUGCAUUGAUUAAAGGUGUGUGUCUUAAGACAGGUGUACUGAUCAGAAGAUUGUAAAUACUCUACUAGAUUGUGCUUAAUUUAUAGUGUACAGAUGAGACGAUGCUUUAACACACAGGGAUGCAAUAUGACAUAAGAAUGAGCAAAUAGAACGAGAAAGCUUAUGUUGAAGGAACUUUGAAUGAAGGCAAGAUAAAUAUUGAUUCUACUAUAAGCAUGUUCAUUUUUGCAAGUGUAUCAAUAAGUGAUAUUGUUAAUGACCAAAUGAUAUGUAUACUUUACAUCAAUACACAACAUAAAAUAAUAGCAAAAUGAUCAGGUUUCUAGUAGAUUACAGUAUAUGUUUAUUGUUAAACAACUAAUUGACCUGAUUCUGAAGUUUGAACUAUAAAAGUUUUAAAUAUCAGGAAAUCACUCACUCGUCUACCCAUUUAUUUCUGUGUUUAAUAAAACAAAGUAUAGAACUCAAAGUACAUAAGGGCAUGUCAGUUUAUCCUUUAAACACUGAAAAUAAAUGUAUGAAUGAGCAUGGGAAAAAGUUCUUAGUUCAGAUCAUCAUGCCUUACUAUCCAACCUAAAUGUAUAAUCUGUAUAAACUACCACAUAAUAAGGACAAACUGUAUUUUAUGUAGCUGUCCAAAAAUAUUGUAUUUUUAAAUUAUUCUAGCUAAUUUUGCUCAGAGAGACAAAUCUGUAUAUAUCUAGUAAGUCUAGUACACGGUGAUCGACUAUAUAUUAUAUAUAUUUAACAAAAUGUAUACACAAUAUAGUGUUAUAUUGAAAUGCCCUAGUUUAUUAAUGUUGUAUACUAAGGGCAAAUUAUAUCAGUGUUUACAAUUUAUUGAUUUAUUCUGUGUUGACUUUAGAAUUUCUCACUCGUCUUAGUUGUUUUAGACUUGAAUAUGUUACAAUAUUUUCAUUCUUACAUCAGUUGUAGUCAUCACACCACACAAUAGAGUCCACAUAUUAUUCAAUAAUUUACUCUCUAAGACUUACUGAUAGGAUAGAUACAUUUUUUGCAGUCUCAUCUGAAGUGUCUUGUUUUGUAAGUCAACUAAGUCAUACCGAUUGCUACUGACAUGAGUAUGUACCUAAAUGUUUUAUAUUCUACCAAAACUAUUGUCAUUGUCCACCCUUCCUUCAGUCUGAAAUUGUCAUGUAGUCAAAUUGAAAAACAAUGUACUGAAUGAACUGAAACUUCAAUGUAUUAAUUUCCCUGUAUCCCUGUUUUGAAAAGCAAAUGCAUUGAUGUGUAAUGUUAUAUAAUUGUUUAUAGGUUAGAAUUGUUUUA